CCACCUCGAGGCCAUGGCGUCGCCGCCGGCCCCCCCGGCCAAGAAGCGCAAGAUGAACUUCUCGGAGCGGGAGGUGGAGAUCAUCGUGGAGGAGCUGGAGCGCGGCAAGCACCUGCUGGUGAACCACUUCAACGCCGGCGUGCCGCUGGCCGCCAAGGCCGCGGCCUGGCACGACAUCCUGCGGCGCGUCAACGCCGUGGCCACCUGCCGCCGCGAGCUGCCCGAGGUCAAGAAGAAGUGGUCGGACCUCAAGACCGAGGUGCGCCGCAAGGUGGCCCAGGUGCGGGCCGCCAUGGAGGGCGGAGGAGAGAGCCAGGGCGCCGGCGGGGCCCACGCGGAGGGCGAGGAGGCGGCGGGAGCGGCGGCCGCGCCCGUGAUCCUCACGCCCAUGCAGCAACGCAUCUGCAACCUGCUGGGAGAGGCCACCAUCAUCAGCCUGCCCGGCGGGGAGUGCGGCGCGGGUGACGGGAGCGAGAUCCCCAUCACCGCCGCGGCCGCCACCGUCACGCUGACGCAGAUUCCUGCAGAGACGACCUACCACAGCCUGGAGGAUGGCGUCGUGGAGUACUGCACCACAGAAGCCCCCACGACGGUCACCGCGGAGGCGCCCCUGGAGAUGAUGGCGCAUCAGCACGAAGUGUCCGCGAAACCCCAGGAGCUGAAAAGCCGAAUCGCUCUGAACUCAGCCAAGCUCCUGCAGGAGCAGCGAGUCACCAACUUACACGUGAAGGAGAUUGCCCAGCACCUGGAGCAGCAGAAUGACUUGCUGCAGAUGAUCCGUCGCUCCCAGGAGGUGCAGGCGUGCGCGCAGGAGCGACAGGCGCAAGCCAUGGAAGGAACGCAGGCCGCGCUCAGCGCCCUCAUCCAGGUCCUCCGCCCCAUGAUUAAGGACUUCCGUCGAUUUUUGCAGAGCAAUACGCCCAGCCCUUCGGUGACUGCCGACCCCAGCCAGACCGGGCAGCAAGAUGGCAUUAUCCAGUGAAAGAAACAAUGGUGGGACUUCUUUCUUGGAAAUAAAAACUGCCUCUGCUGCCACUGGGCCCGGAGCGAGGCGGGAACAGCUCCUGUCCAUGUGAAAUGGCUCGCCUCGGAGGCUGGCCAAGCCCAGACCGCUUUCUUCUCCGCUACUCUUAUGCUAAGCUGCCUUUUCAGACUCACGGUGCGGAGGGGUAGCCGGAUGUGUAAUAAAGCAGGAAUGUAACGUUGGUUGCUUUAGUUCCCCAGAACAAUAGAUUUGUUUAAAAAAAAAAAAAAAAAAAAAA